GUCACAGAGUGAUUCUCUGUGGCUGCUCCUAUGUACAAAAUUUCAUGGGAAAUUUAUAUAUUUUGAACAAAAGGAAAAAUGAAUAUGGAUGAAAGCAGUAUUAAUAAUAUUAAUAUUAAGGAGGAGAUAGAUGAUGAUGUGAAGUUGGAAGAAAAAUCAGAUGUAUUGGAUGUGGGCCAACAUUUUCAUUUCGUUAAUAUUAAAAAUGAGGUAUAUAUGGCCUUUGAUGAUGUGAAAUUGGAAGAAAAAUUAGGAAUUGCGGAUUCAGGUGAACAUAUCACUGAUGUUAAAGAUGAAGUACAUACAGGCUACGAUGAUGUGAAGUUAGAAGAAAAAUUGGGAGUUUUGGAAGGUUAUGAACAAUGUAUAGAUGAGCCAGUAGUUCAUGAAAGUGAAGAAUAUAAGAUAAACGAUGAAGAACACAUACAAUGCAGUUAUGCUGUCAGUCAAGAACGUCACAACAAUGUAAAUGUGAAACCUGUUAUUUUGAAUUUUGAGGAACGCGGGAACUCAUCAUAUGAAAACACCACAAGCAGUAAAAGUAACCUUCGAAGCUGUUUGAAAUUUGUUCACUACAAUACCAAGAAACACAAGUGUCAAUAUUGUGAAUAUGUUACUAACAGAAAAGAUAACCUACAAAAUCAUGUUAACUGUGUUCAUUUGAAUAUCAAGAAACACAAGUGCGACUCGUGUGAAUAUGCUGCAAGUCAGAAAAGUCACCUCGAAGUACACAUCAGCUCCGUUCAUCUGAAUAUUAAGAAUCACAAGUGUCAUCUAUGUGAAUAUGCUGCCAGUAAGAAGAACCACCUUGAAGCGCACAUAAAAUCUGUCCAUUUAAAAAUUGCGGAACAAAAGUGCGAUCUGUGCGACUAUGUGACAAGUAGAAAAAGUUGCCUUCAAAGACAUGUCAACACUGUUCAUCUGAACAUCAAGAACCACAAGUGCUACUUAUGUGAAUACGCUACAAGUCAAAAAAGUUACCUUGAUAAACACUUCAACUCUGUUCAUUUUAAAACUAACGAAUACGAGUGUCAUUUAUGCGAAUAUAUCACAAGACGAAAAGAUAUCCUUCAAAGGCACAUGGAUUCUGUUCAUUCCAAUAUCAAGAAACACAAGGCUGCUUCAUAACUGUUAACUUCAUUUGUGUGAAAUCUGUUCAAUUAAAAAUUGAGAAACAAAAGUGAAAUCUAUGCGGCUCUUCUCAAGUGCGUCAAUUUGAGUAUCAGUUAAAUCAUAAAAAGUCAGUCGUAUAUAGAGGCAUUUAAUCAAUUGAAAGAAAAUUAAUGAUUGCAGAUUUCUCUCAUAUCUUAUGUUCAACAUCACAGUGAUAGCACCAGAAGGGAUUUAUUUAAUUUUCCCAGUAAAUAACAGAAUCUUUUCUUUUUUAUUUUUGGUUUUCAAAAGAAAAUACAACAACUGAAUAAGA